UCAAGAUUUUAGUAUUUCGAAACGUAAAUUUUAUUUUUUGACGAUUCUGCAAAAUAAAUUAUGAAAACAUGGACAUAAUAAGUUCACCAAUUAUAGAAAGUUUCCAAAAUGACACAAAUAAAGAAGCAUCAAAUGAUAAUCCAGAAGAAUUGCCAACAGAAACUGAGAACAGCAGUGCCAAUAGUUCUUUGAAUAAAAUGGAAUCUCUAAUUGUCGAAGAAGACGACGAUGACGAGGACAAUCCUGACGAUGGUCUUGGAACUGAGAGUCUAAGAAUAUCAGGCUCCGAAGGUGAAGAUACUGAAAACAUAUCGCCCGUACGUCGAAAGAAACGUCCUACUCAGCAGAUCAUAGAGAGUGAUGAAGAGAAUGAUGGUGAAGGUAAGUCGGACAAAGUUGAACCUCCAAACAGUGAUUUGUCGAGUGGAGAGGACGAUAAAAUCCAGGAUAGUGUUCAGAAAUCCCAAGUAGCCGAAAAGCAGAAGAAGUUCUCAGCUUUGAUAGACUCUGAUAGUGAACCAGAAGAGGCGACAAACGAUAUUCAGGAAGAUAGUCAAGGUGACGAAGUGAAGAAAACUUCCAAGGCGAAUAAGAAAAAGAAGAAUAAGAAGGACCAAAAGAAGAAAAAAGUCAAUUCCUCAUCGGAAAGUUCGGACAGUGAAAAUGACGAAGAAGUUUCAUCAAAAUCUAAAGGAAAGAAAAAGCAGUCUGGAAUCUCAAAUCUUGUCGAUUCUGAUAGCGAAUCUUCUUCAAAUGCCAGCAGCGAAGGAGAAGGUAGAACUGAACAGGAUAAAACACCUGCAGCACAGAAACCCAAGAAACAACAAAGAGCAUCAGCCAAAAAAGCCAUGGAUGAAAUGCAAGCCAUUCAAAGUGAAACCCAAAGGCUGUAUCGUGAAACCCAGGUUAAUAUUCCGUACCAUAAGCCAAAACGUCACACUCUCAAGGAGUUCCUUACCAGGCACACCAUAGUCAAGCCAACCCUGAAUCAAACUGGGAAAAGUCUUAAAAUGACACCUGAGGAACUAGAAGAAUAUGCCAAACAACUGGAGGAACGCGCCAAAGAAGCUACGGAAUUCUUCAAAAGUGAAUCCGAAGAUGAACUUAAAGAUGUUGAAGAAAAUGAGUCGACUGAGAAGGAACCCGAUGCUGUCAUACCAAUGGACACAUCGACUACCGAGCCCAACGAACCCGAAGCACAACCGGACGCUUCUAAACCGUUGAACACCGAAGAAAUCGACCAAAUCCUACAAGAACAUGAAUUCAUAUCACAACCAUCUACUCAGGAACUUCUUGAAAUAGGAGUGACCCAUAAUAGCGAAUCGGAAACACAUCCAACUCCCUCCACUUCGACAGCCAUAGAAGUUACCCCCAAGGAACCAGAACCUCAACCCAGUUCAUCUUCGUCGAGGCCUUCAGCCUUAGCUGAACUUAAACGUCGACUUCUUGCUGAAAAGAAUAUACCCCUAGUUCCCACUCUGAAGGGCGAUGCCAAUAUGAUUAUUGAUUUUGAAACUGGAGAUAUGUUUGCACGCAAACCGACGGGAGUUGAAACCUUGUUCCAGCGUUUCAUCAUGUCCAAUAAAAACAACAAAAAGAAACCCGAAGAACCAACUCCUAGCCAAGAACUCCAAGAAACACUAAAAGUUGCUGUAAUUCAGGAAUCCAACAAAGAAAAAGAACCCAAACCAGGAGCGGCUUACAUAAAACUCAAGGAAAACCUUCGAACGUUGAUAAGUAGGAAACGCAAGCAAGAAUUUCAAAAGAAGAUCGAAGAGAAUAAGGAAGAAGAAGACGAGUAUAAGAAGUGUUGUGGUCUGGAUGAAGAUGAUGAAGAAGACGAAGAGGAUGAGGAGAGAAAAUCAGAGAAGAAAACUAAGAAGACGCAACAUGAAAUUGUGAUUGACGAAGAAGAGAAUGAAAUCGACCAAGAGGAAUAUGAAAACGAAGAUGAGGAAGAAGAUGAUCAAGCUCAAGACAGGAACAAGGACGAAGAAAAUGAAGAAGAUCCAGAGGAAGUUGAAGAAGACAAUGAUGAAGAGAACCAAGAAAAUCAAGUCGAAAACGAUGAUGGUGAUGAUGACGAAAGUGAAAGCAGUAGCAGUGAAGAGGAAGACACUGAAGAUCCAUCAACAAAGAAACACCGUGUCAUCAAAGCUUUCGAAGAUUCUGAUGAUGAAGUUAACCCGGAUUUAAAUGGAACAUCUACUAGCGUUCUUUUUGCCGAGGAAGCGCAGAAGAAUCCUGAAGAAAUUGAAGAUGAACUAUUGGACUUGUGUUCGGGAAAAUUUGCUGAGACACAACGUGCCACAGUAAUAAGUCAGAUACCCAUAACUCAAACGCCUGGAAAUGUCACCGAAACCCAGCUUGAGGACUUGUGCUCAGGAGUUUUCAAUGAGGAAACUCCCCAAAUUGAACAGACUCAAGGUCCAGCGAAAUCUCAAAAGACUGCUAUGAGAAUUCUAUCCUCUGACGAGGAAAAGGAACCAGACGAAGAAAAAGAUGUUGCCCAAAUGGAAGGGGGAAGAAAGGUCAAAAAACUCACAAAGAAAAAGAAGAAACAUAUCAAAUUAGGAUUUUCCGAUGAUGAAGAUGAGGACGAGCCAAACGCUGCCGCUGAAGAAGAGCUUGAAGAAGAAGAAGAAGUUGAAGAAGAAAUCCCACAAACUUUCAUCGACUAUGAUUCGGAAGAGAAUGAAAUCGAAGUUCAAAUGUCUAAGAAAGAUUGUGUUAAGCAAGCAAAUGCCUUUUUAGAAAAAGAAGCCGAACUCUCCGAAUCGGAAUGGGGCAGUGCCGAUGAAGAUGAACAAAAUCUGGACAGAUAUGACAAUGAAUUGGGUGAUGAAGAUGAAUUCGACCAACAGAAGCUUCACACAGAACUUGAACAAAUUCACAUGCGUAAAGUCCUCGAUGAUGAUAUUCGAGAAGUGAAGAAAAUCCAAGAGAUGCUCUUCGAUGAUGAAGAAGCAGAUGGUGUCGGGAGACAACGUAAAUUCCGCUGGAAGAAUGUCGAGAGUGGUUUUAGUUUAGAUGACCCCGCUGGCGGUGGUGCUAACAACGAUGACCAAGUCGAUAGUGCGGACGAUGAAGAAGAAAUAAAAUGGCGUAAAAUGCGUUUCGAAAGGGAACAGUUCCUCAAGGAAAAGACAAAAGAAGAGAUUAUUGCAGAUGUGUCUAAAACAGAACUCGGCAAAAAAUUGCUCCAUACUAUGCAGCAAACCGAAAUUGAUGAUUCAAAAUACGUUAUUGAAAAGGAAGUUAUGGUGGCAAAGGAAUACAAACCGGUUCCAUUCUAUGAGCAAGUAAAGAAUUCAUCCAAAUUGAGACAUUCGAUGUUAAAUUAUGACAAAGAAAUCCUUGCAAAAAUGGUCAAAGCAAUCGAGAAGUCUGGUGAUUAUGUUACAAAUAGUAAUGAACAAAUAAUGAGGAAAGCCAGUAAUACUGGUAAUUUUGUGUUUAUUCCAUUGACCGAAGAGGAAAAUGAGUUGAGGAAGAGGAAAGCAGAAGAAGCAAGUAAAGGUAAUGUGGCUAAGAAAAAGAAAACUAACGUGUCAACUAAACCACUGUUCCUGGACAAACUUUUAUAAUAAUAUAGUCCUGAGUAAUGUAUCUGUAAAUAGUAUGUUUUAUGUUUUAAGCUAAGACUUUUUAAAAAUUAAUAAACGAUGACUGCAAUUUAAAUAUAAAUAUGUAA